AUGAGUGGCUAUCAAUUUACAUGGGAAAAGGGGAAGGGCACAUCUAGAUGGAUCGAGGAAAGAUUGGAUAAGGUGCUUGCUACUAAUGAUUGGUGCGGUAUUGUUCCUGACGCUAGGGUUUCUAAUGUGUUAACAAGAACAUCUGACCAUUCCGCUAUCUUCCUGGCAAUCCGUGAUUAUGGAGUAAGGGGAGGUGGGGGAAGAAAAAGAUUCCGUUUUGAAAUGGCAUGGCUAUAUGAUGAGGGGUGUAGGACGAUGGUGGCUAAAUCUUGGGAAGAAGGAAGGAAUGAAGGCACGCAAAAUUGUAUUCGGCAUUGUGGGAAUCGUCUGGCCCAAUGGGGAGGUGACCACUAUCACAGAUUUGGUGAAAAAAUCAUGCAACUCCGUAAGGAACAACAAUAUCUGAAAGGGCGCACUGGUUCAGCCUCCCUGGCAGAAUUCCAGCGUUUGGAGGAAGCCCUGUCCCAUAUGGAGACCCAAAAGGAUGUAUAUUGGAAACAAAGAGCUAAACAACAUUGGCUCAAGGAUGUUGAUACAAACACAAAAUUCUAUCACAGGUAUGCCUCUCACCGAAAGAGAAAGAAUACUUUAUCUAGACUUAUGAAUGAUUAUGGGGAUUGGGUGGAAAGGGAGGAUAUGAAGUGUGUUAUUCUAGAAUAUUUUAAGAAAAUAUUCAGCUCUAGUAACCCUAUGAAUGGUGAGCCCUUGUUUGAUCGAUAA